GAUGUUAUCAGAUAGAAGAGAUGCGUAUCAGUUGUCAGUGUCUCCGGGAAAUCGUCUGUUGAAUCUGAUUCGAGUUGUCGCUCGACACAUGUUUGAUACUCGAUAAUGGUAUUCGGCUGGUUAAAUUUCAAGUGAAUUUGUGGGUGAAUAAUACAUGUCCGAAGGUUUCCUUCGCUGACAGUUUUCGAACUUGUUUAACGGCUGAAGAUGAGGUUGAUGAUUAUCGUGACCAGUGAUCAGGAACCUAACAAAACGAACGAAAAUUGAUUCCAUUUGUUGUCUUCAUAUUUUGCACACCGCAACUAUUUAUUAUGACAAGGCAAUUUCUUACCCGACGCGCUCAACAAAAGACACGGUUCUUUUUGUCCACGGCAGUUACUGCGGUUUGAACGUUAGCUCCCGUAGACGAUGGACAGGGAAGCCUUGGUCCCAAUCGCUACUUGUUGUAAUCACAGUCUACAGCCGAGACGCAGGGAGAGGGAGAACGGGAUGGCAAACGGAGGACACGGAGCGAUGGUCCAUAGCGUUGGUCCUGGAUCGGGAACGCUUUCGCGUGAAGAACGAAGACGUCGAAGACGGGCGACGCAGAAAUAUCGCACAGCGCAUGCCACAAGGGAACGAGUGCGAGUCGAAGCUUUUAAUCUAGCCUUCGCGGAGCUGAGAAAAUUACUGCCCACCUUACCGCCGGACAAAAAACUCUCGAAAAUCGAAAUCCUUCGGUUAGCUAUAUGCUACAUCGCCUACCUGAACCACGUUCUCGAAGCAUAAUGAUUAAGGAUUAUUAAUUAUUAUCUGAUAUAGAGGCUUUGGAACGUCUCUAUUUUCUAUCAAUCUUCCUGUUAUAUUAUAUCAUUCUAUGCACACGUAUGUGCGCACCCAGAAAAUGCAAGAGGAAUAGUUCUGGGUGGGUGUACCUAUACCAAACACCAUGUACUAUAUCGAUAUCAGAAUCUCGGGUAUUGAUAAAUUGGAGAACGCGCA